GAGUCGCGCGGGCAGCGAACACGCGCCAGCCUCCGCGCCGCACCGACUCACACGCGCCGCGCCUCACGUGCCGACACAAGCACCGCCGAGCACUAUCAUAAAUAUAUCAACUCUCAGCUGAUAUUGACAUAACACCGAGCGCCACUCUGACUUACAGGUGUUCUCACUCGCCGGAACUGUUCAUGUGUCAAAUAGUUCCCGCUCAGCCCCGGACUAGUGUUGUGACUCAUAUAAAAUGACGAAAGUUAAAUUCAAGAAAUCCCUCACUUGUAUAUAAUGAGCGUCAUUGGAAUAAGGAAAUAACAUAAAUAUUCUAUAGUGCGACAUACGCGGACAAUUCGUGAGUGAAACAACCGAUGCAUUUGUUUAUAAUACGGAAUUUUAGAAUAAUAAAUAAUACAAUUACGAAGAGACUGACAAAGUAUUAGAAUCCAAAGAUUUCCUAAUCAUAGUAAAUUAUCGCGUUUAUGUUAACGGUGAACUCACUGGCGAGUCACGCGCGAGAAACCUUCUUACUUUGCGAAGGUGAGAUAUUGUUGUCAUAAACAAGUGUAUAAUAAAAAAAAACUUUGGCUGGUCGCCAAGCCGAAGACGUGCGAAGGUCGCGGAGAGUGCGGAAGUGUUGGAAUUCGAGUGUUCUGAGCCCUAACUUGCCUGUACUAGAAUUUUUGUUGUGUUUGGUGCGUCAGUGGGACACUCGGGACAGGCGAGAGGCGAGUGACUGUGAUGGUGUGAAGGAUGCACUUGCCGUAUGAGUCCCGAGGCCGGCGGCGCCGCGAGAUGGCCGAGCUCGAGCCCUGGUGGCUGCAGUCCAUCGUGGACGAGACGCUCGCCGAGUACCCCGAUCUAGUAAGAACGGGCAGUCCAGACUACAUGUGUUCAAUGCUGCCACAGCACUGGCGGUCCAACAAGACCUUACCCGGCGGCUUCAAGGUGGUGGCUCUAGGAGAGGUGCUGGACGGCACUCUGGUCACCGUCAGGGCUGGCAACGAUGAGAACUGUUCCGCGGAACUCAGGAACAACUCCGCGGUCAUGAAGAAUAGGGUUGCCAAGUUUAAUGACUUGAGGUUCGUCGGGAGGAGUGGGAGAGGAAAGAGCUUCUCGCUGACCAUCACGAUAUCAACGAACCCGCCUCAAGUAGCCACGUACCAAAAAGCCAUCAAAGUCACCGUUGACGGCCCCCGGGAGCCCCGCUCUAAAACUAGUACAAACGCAUCGCCACACCAAAUCCGAUCGUCGUUCGGCCUCCAACGGUCCCUGAUCGCGUGUGACAGCGCGUCCCUAGCCCUGCGAGAGAUGGACUACAAGAGCUCCUCCGUGAGGAGUCUCCGGUCCCUCUCUCACGAGGAACGAGAGUACAAGACUAACGCCAACCUGCCUGCCGGAGAAACAAGUGGGAACAUCUUAGGGGCAAGCGAGUGGAACACGGGUUACCCGUCGACUGCUUCCAUGUACCCUGCGUACGCGCCGCUGCAACCGCCCUACUACAAGCCUGACCCCACUAUACAUAUACCUACAGUGCUACCUGAAAUCCCGUUGGGCCACUCGGACUACAGCGGUUUCCAGCCAAGCACUCCUGGCUACGUGAAGGGCAGUCCCAGCGGCACUGGGUCCGCGCUCACCGAGCUAAACUCGCCCCCCGCCAUGCCGGCGCAGCGAUACGACCCCAACUACUACAACUCGUGGCCCAGCAACACUUACAACUAUAACAACUAUCAAUAUAACAACAUCAACAACAACCCAACCUGCAUACAGUCUCACGCGCCAUACAUCAACCCCAACCCUCAGAUGAUCCUCCCGAACCUCUACUCCACAGUCAACCAAAACCAAAUACACGUUCAUCUACACAGCUCGGGGGACAAACACAACCUAGAACAAUGUUUCCCGAGUGAAAUCAAAAUUAGCGAUAUAGACGGCGGCAUCUCUAUUACAACAGAGCUUCAGGGGACCGGGGAAGCCAGUGGCAUGGUGCAAAGCUGCGAGCCUAAUGAUGAAGUGAAACACGGCCUCUAUGGUGCAGCCAACCAAGAAGUUUGGAGACCAUAUUGACAUUUCGCUACUAUAUAAUUUCCAACAAAAACAUUCCAUUGUACAUAUUGUGAUAUAAAAAUGAUCUGUUCUAUGAUUCUUGAUAGUGUUUAAGAAAUUCCAACUAAAUUAAUGUUAAACAUUAAUUAGAUGUUAAUUGUUAAAUUAAUUGAUUAAGCAAUAAACUAUUAAAUUAAAAAUAA